AAUUUAUUUUGUUUUUAAAAAUCUGUCAGAAGUAGGACCUUUUCCGAGCUUCUCUAGGACUCUUUGCCACAAGAAGGUUAAAGAUGAGCUAUUUUCUUUUGAAAAUGAGAAAAGAUGGAGUCACUGUAAACAGCCAAAGUUUCUUCCUGGAAAAGUGCUUUUGAAGGCCAAGAUCGCCUGUGAUGACAGUUCCCAAAACUGGAUCUGUGGGCCGCAUGCAUAUGUGGUGUCCAGCCCCCACCUCCACCACUGCUGGUCUACAGGCUGGGGUGGGGCGUGAUAAAGACUGGCUGUCCACCCGCAGCGUCUGGCGAGGGCCGUCCACGUGCCAGACAUCGCUCAGAGACCAGCUGGACUUGCCAAGCACAGCUGAAGGUUUAACGAGGAAAAAUAUGUCAGAUGUCAGUGGGUGGCAAACAUUUUUACAAGCCCUUGGCUACUUCCUCAAAAUGUUCUUUGGCUCAGCAGCACUCGGCACUCUCACUGGCUUAAUCUCUGCAUUAGUGCUAAAGCAUAUUGACUUGAGGAAAACGCCUUCCUUGGAGUUUGGCAUGAUGAUCAUUUUUGCUUAUCUUCCUUACGGGCUUGCAGAAGGAAUCUCACUCUCGGGCAUCAUGGCCAUCCUGUUCUCAGGCAUCGUGAUGUCCCACUACACGCACCAUAACCUGUCCCCGGUCACCCAGAUCCUCAUGCAGCAGACCCUUCGGACCGUGGCCUUCCUGUGCGAAACAUGUGUGUUUGCAUUUCUUGGCCUGUCCAUUUUUAGUUUCCCUCACAAGUUUGAAAUUUCCUUUGUCAUCUGGUGCAUAGUGCUUGUACUGUUUGGCAGAGCAGUGAACAUUUUCCCUCUUUCCUACCUCCUGAAUUUCUUCCGUGAUCAUAAAAUCACACCGAAGAUGAUGUUCAUCAUGUGGUUUAGCGGCCUGCGGGGGGCCAUCCCCUACGCCCUGAGCCUGCACCUGGACCUGGAGCCCAUGGAGAAGCGGCAGCUCAUCGGCACCACCACCAUCAUCAUCGUGCUCUUCACCAUCCUGCUGCUGGGCGGCAGCACCAUGCCCCUCAUCCGCCUCGUGGACAUCGAGGACGCCAAGGCGCGCCGCAGGAACAAGAAGGACGUCAUCCUCAGCAAGACCGAGAAGAUGGGCAACACCAUCGAGUCAGAGCACUUGUCGGAGCUCACAGAGGAGGAGUAUGAAGCCCACUACAUCAGGCGGCAGGACCUCAAAGGCUUCGUGUGGCUGGACGCCAAGUACCUGAACCCCUUCUUCACGCGGCGGCUAACUCAGGAGGACCUCCACCAUGGGCGCAUCCAGAUGAAAACCCUCACCAACAAGUGGUAUGAGGAGGUGCGCCAGGGCCCCUCCGGCUCCGAAGACGACGAGCAGGAGCUGCUGUGACGGAGCAGGGCGCCCGUCCGGCCUCCUCGCCGCUCCCACGACAGACGCUCGCACGUGGCAGCCUCCUCAGGGGAGAUGGAAGCAGGGGGAUGCGGAGGCCGCCCCCGGCCCCUGGAGCCGGCUGUCUGCUUCUGAAGUAGGCCGUGUCCCCGGGCUGCACGGAGCCGGACCCCUUCUCAGCCCGCAGAUCAGAGGGAACAGCUGUCCAGGUACAUCUUCCUUCUGCUUCUGCGGCCAGGGUGCAGAGUCCUCUGCCGGACUGAGGGGCCUGAGAGGAGAGGCUGUGCCCCGCUGUGGAGCCUGCCGGGACAGGGGCUGCCGGGGAGCUGGGGGAGCUUGCAGCUUCUGCCAUUCCCAGCCUCGGCCCUCAUCACGGGAGCGCCUGGUUCUAGCAGCACGAGGAGCCAUUUCCCUUUGGUCAUCAAGGUGCCUCUGGUCUCAGCAGCAGCAGUUCUGACCCAAGGGGCGGGCUCGGGCAUCUGGGAAACCUCACGCUCCCCUUUGUGAUGUUGCUUGAGAAGGAAAAACCGAGUGACCUUUUUCUUUACCUCCGCCUGGGACCUUGCAGGCCGUCCCCCUGAGCGACAGGCGGCCACUGCCCUCCUCUGGGAGUAGUGUGGAUGUUUACGCUGGUUCAGAGCAGGGGCGCACCGCCCGUCCUGGGAGCCCCACUGGAAGCCGCAUCCUUGGGUUUGGCGGGGAGCGAGCCUAUUCUGUGGAGUGAGAGCGCCCUCUGGAGGGAGAAGCUAGGAGUUACAGGGCUUGUGCAGGCCUGCGUCUGCUGUCUGAAUUCCGUUGUGAUUCAUGCACUUUGACAAAGCAGCGAGAGCCUAGCGGUCACCUCCCCCGCUCAGUGGACCUCACUGGUCCAGAGGCCCCAUUUCCUAAGGCCCACUGUUCGCCUGAUGCCACCUUCACUCCUAAUCAGCAUUUCCUCUUUCCCUGCCCCAGAUCUCUCCCGGCUUGGGUCCCAGCUCGCCAGAGCCCUAGGGCCGGGGCCAGAGCAGCAGGGCCCUGUGCUCCUCCCCGGCCACCCCCGCCCAGGACUCGCUCGCAGAGCAUCUGUACGUGCUCGUUCGGUCUCACACGCCCCGCCCCGUCCCUGUGGGCCCGGCCCUGGCUACCGGUCAUGUCCAGGCGGAGUGCAGUUACUGACUUUCACCUCCGCUCCUCCCCUGCCCUUAACAAACCUCGUCCCUGCAAGCCACAGGGCCAGUGGCAACUCCCCUGGGUGGCUCAGGGUCACUGCCUGGGGUGGUUUAAUUUGUCAUGUGCAUGUCCGUGGUUCUCUGGAGGGACGCAGUGGGCCAGCACGGGCCUCAGACAGCGUGGCUCUGUCUGUCAGGAAGGACCGACUUCAGAGCCCACCAGGCCAGACCCCUUUGCCCGAAGUAUGAGGCCGGUCAGGCAGGAAGCACGUGGUUUCCUUUUUAUGCAUGAAAAGUAAAUCUGUACUUGAUAGGGUUAAAAUAUGGUCACUUGUCUUUUUGUAACCUCCCACUUUAACCCCAUAAUUUAAGCCAAAUGGGAGUAUUUUACUCCACCUAACACCUUCACUGGAGGAGUAAUAUCGUGCAUAAUUCUGGUCUCCAUCAUUUCCUACUUAAUGUUAGUGGAAAAGUAAGAGAAGAGGUCAAAGAGGGAGGGGACCUUUGUCCACACCUGGUGAGGGGAGGGCAGGGAUCCAAGACUAGAGCGUUCCCCAAUCCAUAAGUCAUUACCUUCUCCUUUGAAGUUCGGGGUCUGAGCUCAGAAGUGUAACUUGCAUGGCAAACUCAAUAGUUUACCAGAAAAUUUGGUGGGGCGGGGGCUAUGAAUGCACAGAUAAAGCAGUGAAAACAGGAUCUUCUCAAUUCAGACUGCCCCCUUGUCACCAGGGCCCACCUGGCCUCCUACUUUUAGCUGAGACCUGGGAAUGACCCCGUAGUAGAGAAGAGUCCCCAAGGUGGAAGGUCCCCAAGGCCUGGCUUAGUGGGCAGGGGGCACCUUUCCUGGCAGGUCCCAGCACCAGCUUGGGUCUCCCGUGAGCCUCUUCUGCCCCCCUGCUGAAGGGAGGCUUUGGUGGGCUGGAGCGCAUUCCCAUGGGGACGGGGCAACCGGUGUUCCUCAGGUCUGUCUCUUCACCUUUGCCACAGGCAGAGCCCAUGGAGAUAUAUUUUCCUGGUGGAUUUUUUUCAAGUGUCUGCCUGAGAAUCAGAAAUUUGCUGCUGUCCACCUUAACAUACCUAAUAAUUCUAUUUGGGGCAAUAAAUGCCUACUAGAUAAAAAGAUACUCAGCAUAACUACGAUGUCCCACAGAUUUCUUUCCUUCUAGGUCUAGGCCAUGGGAGAGCUGUAGCACACAGACAAGGUCAUACUUCAGAGCGAGCUGAAGGCUCUGAAGUCUGGGAGUGCCUGUGGGGAAGCUGGACGGGUAGCCAGUGAACUCAGAAGACAUGCUGGUCUUGGGGAGCCGUGUGGCGACAAGCCGCACACCCAAGGCUCCCCGUGCGGCCCUGUCGUUGUAGGACCCCUGGGAACCACCAUACCCCGAGGCUUGCGGUGUGGGGCGUGACAGGGAAAGGAGCUGGCUUGUCCUAGGUCCCCAGAGAUCAGGUUUUAGGCUGGGCUGAGCCAGGGCCAGGUAGAAGGAAGGUGGCUCAGUUCCGUGGUCGGGUGCUCAGACACUCAGCCCGAUGGCAGAACAAAGAAACCUCCCGCACCCAGUCCAGCUGCCUCGCUGCACAGUGGAAGUGCUGGCCAGGCCCUGGCUGACGUAAGGCCAAGGGGCAGGGCCUGGCCCAGAAUGGUGGCCGCCCCGGAGUACCCCCGUCAGCCUAGGGAGGCCCUGGUUUGCCUGCAGAGUCUUUGGUGCGCAGUGAAGUGUGGAAAGAUGGGUGAGUGGGGAGCCUCCUGUCCCUGAAACCUACGUCGGAGGGGCCGUCGGCACCCUUGGCCCCGUGAGGUCUCAGUUCCACCUGCGCACAGGGGCCAUUUGGCAGAGUCCUCGGCGGGCUGGCCACUGCCGCUUCCGCUUGGGUGGAGCGAGUGAGGGUGGCGCGGGGUGGUGGCCGGCUUCCCAAGUCAUGGAUGUCACAGGUACAGGCCUCAGAGCUGGGCCCUGCUUCAAGAGCAAGGAGGAAUCGGCAGCAGUGAUCUGCCAUUAUUCGGGCUUCAAUCGCAGAGCGAGGGAGAGAAGGGGCCCCCGCCCCCCCACCGUUGGCGUGUGGCUCCCGCCGGCCGGCGGCGUGGGAAACCCUCCCGAGCAGCCCGCGCCCUGCCCCGCUGCUCUCCCAGCGCCGCGCUCUCCGAAGCCCCAGCCAGGACUGUCUUAAACGAAAACGGCCCCAGCCCCAGUGAGAGGACUCCACCCCGGUGCCCGCUCUCUCACGCAAGCGGAGCUGGACAGUCAGGAGCUUCCGCUGCCGUUGGCCACGUGACAAAAGGCCAGCUUGACAGUGUCCCCGGGGCCACCCCAUUUCUUGGCCCUCGCUGCCCUCUCUCACCGGGGAGCUGGCCUGGUCCGUGCGUGAGCAAGCGCACCUGUCACCUAUGUGGGCCCGUGCCCCCAUGAGCCUGUGGGCCCUGCGGCAGAGUCCCUUCUGGAAGCCCCAGGCCUGCUCUACGGCUCCUCCUCGCCUCCGGGCUCCAAGGUCCGUGGCUCCCCCAAGGCGGGGACAAGGUCUCCGAGGUCCGUGGCUCCCCCAAGGAGGGGACAAGGUCUCCGAUGCGGCCCCUGCCAAGCUUGAUCUGUUCUUUGUAUUCUUCCAAGUGAUUUUCUUUGUAAAAAUGAAGGGUUAUUUUUUUAAGUACUGCUUUUUGAUUUGUUUUAAGGACCUUUGGGAAGGUCAGGCUUAUUCUUUGUCCUCCCCCAUGUAAGUUGUGAGGUGUUGGUUAGGUCCUGGUUCCUGAGAAACGAUUUGCUGCUCUUCGGGAUGGGGCUUCACAUGGGGUGGGUCAGGGACGGGGCCCCUGUGGCUGCCAUGCGAGAGCCCCUGCUUCAUCUCACUGGACUCUGUAAAGAAUGCAGAAAUGACUGGAAAACAGUAAUGUCACUGGAUACUUAGAAAUAAAAGUGAAUGCUACUGGA